AUGUCGAGCACCAAAUCAUCACGACCGACGAGUACCUCUAGCAGCUUGAUGCAAGAAGUGGUCAAUUCUCUACCUGGCGGAUAUCCGGAAUCGAUACAACCACCCACGUCAAACCAACAGUCACUUUCGCAAGCGGUAUACAGCAGAAGAUCUGAAUACACGCGACCGAAGGAUAUCAAAAUCAAGGUUGGCACUUGGAAUGCUGCAGCUUACAAAGGUGCUGAGAAGGAUAUUGCUUGGUUUAUUGAUGGAAAAGGGAUUUCCGAGGGAUUGACUGACCUUACCGUAUCUGACAAUUCUGAAUCGCAAGACGAUGCGAUAGCGGAACACCGAAGCUCGCUGGACGAUCGCGAAGGCGUGGAAGACCAAGAAGCCCGCUAUGCGAGAAAGAAGGCCACACUGCCAGAAAACGAUCCUAGUCUACUCCCAGGUGGUAACGACAUCGGACUCUACCUUCUCGGACUUCAGGAGAUUGUGGAUGUCAACUCUGCUGCCGAGGCCCUAAGGCCGUAUACGGAUCCUUCAGUGGCACAGAAAUGGAAGAGCGAGAUGGAAGCACAUCUUCCUAGAGGCUACAAGUUUGUUGCAGAACAACAACUGAUAGGCAUGUUAUUGCUCAUAUAUGCCUCAGAGGAUGUGGCUGCGGAUAUCAAGUCUGUGAGCACGACCAGUGUUGGUACAGGUCUCAUGGGAUAUAUGGGCAACAAGGGUGCUGUAACAGCUCGGAUUGUCCUCGGAGAAACCACUCGCCUUGUUUUCAUCAAUGCACACCUUGCUGCUGGUACAGAUAAAGGUGCUGUCGAACGCAGGAAUUGGGACUAUUCGCAAGUCAUGAGCCGCACCAAGUUCGAGCCUAUCCAGGAUUCUAUGGGCCUCUCGCAAAACAUUGGCGAAGGUAUCGAUGAUGCCGAUUUUGCUUUCUUCGUUGGCGACCUCAACUACAGACUUGAAGGUAUUCCUGGUGAAGACGUGCGUCGCUUGUUGAUGCUUCACACCGGCAAUGAGUACGACUUGUCAAAGAAGCAGGGCAAGAAAGUCGACAAGGAGAUUGCACAGAAUCGAGCGUCUAUCGAAAGUCGGAGGGAGAACAGGAUGUCGACCGACUCUGGAGUUUCUCAAGUCUCUACUGUCAGGUCACGCGACGACCAAGACAGCAGAGAAGAGGACGACUUGGAUCCAGAGGAUGUGCUCGACCCGGCUAGUGACCCUGCAUCGCUGCAUACCACACUGUUGUCUUUGUUGCCACACGACGAGUUACAUCAACAACAAAAGGCGAGAAAUGCCUUUCAAGGCUGGCAAGAAGGACCAAUCACGUUCUUACCGACUUACAAGUAUGAUGCUGGAAGCGUUGGCGUCUUUGAUUCUAGUGAGAAAAGACGUGCACCCAGUUGGUGUGAUCGCAUUUUAUGGCGCACGAGACGCGACAUGCUUGCCUACGAGAGUCAGGUUGCCGAAGAAGAAGAUGCCAGAAAGAAGGAUGAAGAGAUGAAGAACAAUGGUCUAGCCGAAGCAGGCAAGGACGAAGAAAUGCUAUACGAUUACGAUCCCGACGAAGAUGCCGAGGAAGCUGGCUCAUACGACGAGGCAUACGAGGACGCUCCGGAAGGAACAGUCAUUACGAAAGAAGGCUUCGCCGAUGAGAUCAGUCUGGAAGCAUAUGUGGCGCACCAACGAGUCUUGUCUUCCGACCACAAGCCACUGGAUGCAGUGUUUUCAUUCAAGUAUGAUGCUGUCGUGCCGGAACUGAAAUCGAAAAUUCACCAGGAGGUCGCGCGGGAAUUGGACAGAGCAGAGAAUGAGGGUCGACCAAAUGUGACAGUCGUGGCCGACCGUCCACAUUCUAACGAAGAAGGCGUUUCUGACGAUGAUCCACUCAAAUUCGAAGGUGUAUGGUUUGGCCAAGUCAGAUAUGCCAUGCACAAGCAUCGAAGUCUCACCAUAGCCAACACGGGUCAAGUUCCUGCAACCGUCUACUUCAUUGACAGACCAGUAGGUCCCGGCCAACAUCCAGGUCUUUGCCCUAAUUGGGUAUCUCUCAAGAUCGAUGACGGCUCCGGAAGGCUGUCUUCUGAUAUGGGCAAACGCACACUAGAGCCUGGUCAAGCCUUCAAUGUCGAGCUGGAGCUGCGCAUCCUGGAUGUGAGUCUGGCGAGAGCUUUCAACGAAGGCAUCAAGUCUCUGGAGGACAUACUCGUCCUCCGCGUCGAGAAUGGUCGUGACCAUUUCAUCCCUCUACGUGGCACAUGGCUGGAAUCAUCACUUGGACAUUCUAUCUCAAAACUCAUCCGUAUUCCAGAAGGCGGAAUCCGCAAAUUGCAGCGACAACGACCGGACAGUGGAAAGAGCAAGUCUGGCAGUGUGUCAUCUGGCUCUGUUUUGGACGAUGACGAGGCAAUACCUGUAAGAUGGUCUGCGCCUCGUGAGCUGUUCAGGCUGACGGAGGUGAUAGAGGAACUGACCAUUCGCGUGACCGCCGAAUGGGACAUGUUGAACGAUACCGCCGCUCGACCUCCCUGGGAGAAGUCUGCUGGAUGGCCAUUCUCAACUGCUUCUUGGACUCUUGAGGAUAAAUCACAACGAACAGAUAUUCUUGCUGAUAUUGGAGAGGCUUUGGACACUGAUUCUGCUUUUGACGCAAACCUCCUGUCGACUCUUACUCAUCUGCAGAAACUAGAGUGUCUUGCUGAGUAUUUGGUGCUCUUCCUCUCAGCCAUGCACGAAGGAGUUGUAACACCACAACUCUGGCAUUCUCUAGACGAAGGCCUCCGCAAACAAGAAAAACUCAAACAAUCCCAACAGGCAAAAGACGAAGAUCUCCGCACUUGGGCUCAAGAGAUCUUGAGUUCGUCUCCUGCCCAUUCGAUUUCUUUUAUCCUUGUUACGUCCAUGUUGGACCGUAUAGCUUCUGAGGUCUUGACCACUAUCCAACAUAACCAUCCUGAGAUACUUGGCAAACCUCCGAGUGCGCCGUUUUGGGAGGGGGUGCCGACUUACCUCAGGAAGAAGAAUUUUCCGAAAGAAGGUAAGGAGGCUUGGAGGUUAGGUAUUCAGAGAGGUGUUGCUGGUGUUUUGGGACCUGUGGUUGUGAAGAGCGAUCAAAGUGCGGAAGGAGGAAAGGAGAAAGAGAGACAAGCGACAGAGGAGAGAAAAGUAAGGUUCUUGGAACUGUUCAUGGGAUGA